GCUUCUGUGCUGCCACAGCAAGCCCCCACCACCAACAAAUAUUAAUGUGCGGGUUUAUGUUAUUGAUGGUAAAGAACAAUGUUACAGUCAUGCUUGGGGUCACAAUUUUGAAUCAAAGAGGCAAUUCGUCUCCUCUGGAGCUCACUUCCUGUGAAAAGGUGUUGCCUGACAGGCUAAAUCCUGGGUGAACAACCCACCUGUGACGUGGGGUCCUCGGGUCCUGAAGUUCUGUAUCGGUGGCGGAAGAUGGCAGACAGCGGACCCGUGGCAGCAAAGAAAUGCGACGCUGGCUCACUGUCCUCUGUGAGUAUGGAGACCAUAUCGGCCCUGACGGAGCUGGAGGACCUGGAGAGAGUUUACCAGCAGCUCUGCGCUGAGGAGAAAGAAGUGGAUUUUGAGCUGGAAAGACUGGUGGGGCAGGAGGGGUCCAUCCACACAAAGAUGCUGGCGCUGCAGAGGAUGGGGCCCAACCUUCAGUUGAUUGAAGGAGACGCCAGUCAGCUGUCAGGCAUGAUCACAUUUACCUGCAGUCUGGCUGAAAAUGUCAGCCGCAAAGUCAGACAGCUAGACCUCGCAAAAACACGGCUGUAUAACGUCAUCCAGCGUGCCGACGAUAUCCUCGAUCUAAAGUUCUGCACAGAUGGCGUGCAGACAGCUCUACGUAAUGAAGAUUAUGAGCAGGCUGCUGCUCACAUCCAUCGAUACCUCUCUCUGGACCAGUCGGUCAUUGAGCUGAGCCGGCAGGGAGAAGAAAGCAGUACUGUGGAUGCCAGUCUGUUAAUGCUGCAGGAGGCAGAGCAGAAACUUAAGAUUAUCGUUGCUGAAAAGCUGGAUGAAGCUGUUGCAGCAGUCGACCUUGCACAAGUGGAAAGGUUUUUCAAGAUCUUUCCUCUGUUGGGCCUCCACCAGCAGGGCCUCGUCCGUUUUGGCCAGUAUCUCUGCACUCAGCUUUCCUCCAAAGCGGAGGAGAACCUGCUUUUGGCCUCAGGUGGAGAUCUGGGCGAGAAGAGAGCACCGCUGGUAUUUGCAGACACUCUGACGCUGCUGCUGGAAGGUAUUGCUCGUGUCGUUGAGACUCAUCAGCCCAUAGUGGAGACAUACUACGGUCCAGGGCAUCUGUACACACUCAUCACUCACCUGCAGCAGGAAUGUGACCGACAGGCCCAGAAAAUAGUCGACAAGUUUAUACAGCAGAGAGGAUUCCACAACAAGUUUCAGGUCGCUCAGAGCAGCAUGAUGAAGAGCGUGCCGGGAGAAGGGAUCGAGCCCAGAGAGCUGGACCCCGUACUGACUGAAGUAACCCUGAUGAACGCAAGGGCGGAGCUCUACCUGCGCUUCUUACGCCGUCGUAUGCUGGCCGACUUUGAAGUUGGGGAUGCUCAGAGCGUCACACAGGAGCAUCAGCAGAACACUGAGAAGCUACUGAAACACUGCUUGCUUAGCAGGAUGAUGCAGGAGCUGAUUGGUUACUAUGUUCCAAUGGAAGAGUACUACAUGAGAGAGUCUGUCAACAAGGCUGUUGCUAUGGAUACAUAUGAAAAGGGUCAGCUGACCUCCAGCAUGGUGGACGACUGUUUCUACAUUGUGAAGAAGUGCAUCAGUAGAGCUUUAUCCAGCUCCAGCAUCGACUGCCUCUGUGCCAUGAUCAAUCACGCCAACUCUGUGCUGGAGUCUGACUUCAGGGAGGUGUUAUAUAAUAAGCUGCGGCAAGGCUUCCCGGCUACGACGCUUCAGGACAUCCAGCGUGGCGUCAGCAGCGCGGUCAGUCUGAUGCAGAGCAGCUUACAGCAGGGGAAGUUCAACACGAUGGGCAUCGAGAGCGCUGAACACGCCAAGGCUGCAUUUCUGGUGACUCUGAAUAACGUUGAGGUGUGUAGUGAGUAUAUCACGACUUUAAAGAGAAACCUCGAGAAUGACUGCUCCAAGCUGUUUAAUCAGGGCGCCGGCUCCGGAGAACAAGGCAAGAUUGAAAGUUGUUUGUCCGACCUCGUCAACACAUCUGCUAAGUUCAAGGAUCUCUUACAGGAGGGCCUGACUGAGUUAAACACAACAGCCAUAAAGCCUCAGGUCAAACCCUGGAUCAGCAGCUUCCUGUCCAUCUCACACAACAUAGAAGAGGAGGAGUUUAAUGAUUAUGAAGCUAACGAUCCCUGGGUGCAGCCGCUCAUCGUUAACUUGGAGCAGCUCAUGGCAGAGUUCAAGACGGCACAGUCUCCUGUCAUCUACGACACACUGACCAGCCUGAUGACCAGCUUGAUAUCCAUUGAAAUGGAGAAGACCGUCCUCAAAUGUUCCUUCAGCAGGCUCGGAGGGCUUCAGUUCGAUAAAGAGCUUCGGUCUCUUGUGGCGUACCUCACCACCGUAACCACCUGGACCAUCAGGGAUAAGUUUGCUCGUCUCACACAAAUGGCCACCAUCCUCAACCUGGAGCGGGUAACGGAGAUCUUGGAUUACUGGGGCCCAAACUCGGGGCCCCUGACGUGGCGGCUGACCCCGGCGGAAGUACGUCAGGUUCUAGCGCUGCGUGUUGACUUCAGAAGUGAAGAUAUCAAGAGACUGCGACUGUAACUCAUGAACCACUCCACUGGUUAACAGUGAUUGCCUUGCAGUACCCACCUUGUGAUGUUUUUUUCACUGAAGAGCUCUGCACAAUCCAGGUUUAAUCCAUGUUUAUGUAAAUGCGUGUGGGGCGGGGCUAAAUGGCUGGGGAUUUCUUUUUUUCCUGAAACAUAAAUGCUCAUCCUGGAGAUUUCAUACAGGUUUUCAGACUCCGCCUUCUGCACCACGCCCAGCUCAGCUGUUAGGGCAAUGGUUUGGGGUUAACAUGGCAGAGAUGGUGAACUAUUUGAUAUGAAUGAUCUGUCAAAUGUGCAAGUAUUCUCUUAAAUGUGUGAUUAAAAGGUGUAAUUGUUCGGGGAGUCCCAUCCUUUUAACCUGUAGCUGGAUCUGAGAAACGAGGACACCCUGGGACUGAGGAGGGGAGCUCUGCGGCUGUCAGUGAAAUGUCAGUAAUGAACAUCGUACCCAUUAAACUGAAAGCAGGUCAGGCAGCUGAUCCAGCCUAGUCAUUCAAUAUAUGAAUAGCUCCUUGUCUGUGAUGAUGGAACACAUUUAACCUAAUAAAUUGAGAGCCGCUCUGCAAUGCCUCUGAUCCCUGCCA